UUUUAGUGUCAUGUAAAGCAAAAUUUGGACUUUUCGCAUCGCUUGCAGACGAACCAGGCACAAAUUUCCCAGAUUUUCGUUCAACAGCAGGCAAAUCGUCGACAACAAUCUAGUUACAAUGUGUCACUAGAUGUCGAAGCAGUCACUAAUAAUCCCUUUCGCUAUAAAAUUUUAGUAGAACCCAUCAAAUCCUGUAAUCAAUUGAUUAAUCAAUAAUGAACGACCGCGUUAAACGCACGAGAAAAUCGUCGAGUCGCGCGGACUGCGUGCCGCAGAAACGCUCGAGAUAUUUCGACAACACGAAUCUGCUACCCGACGAGAUUUUAACCUACAUAUUCUCCUAUUUCGACCAGAAAGAACUGUACACGAUAAUACGACUCGUAUGCCGAAGAUGGUACCACCUGGCCUCGUCCCCGACGCUCUGGAAGCGCAUAUCCGCCCCCGAGGAAGUCCCCUCGAGCACGCUCUGCAACUGGCUGGAGCAAUCCCCCCUGCUCACCGAGCUCGAGCUCAUCGGCCGGAGCGACGUCAACUGCAUAGCCCUCAAAGUGGCCAAGUGCUGCAGGAACCUCCAGUCCCUGAAAAUCGACAACCCCAUCGGCUCCGACGGCGACGGCUUCGAGCUGCUCGAGAGCCGGACGCUCUGCCGCAUGCUGCGGAACUGCAAGUACCUAACCAACCUGUACUUCAGCGGCGUGAAGAUACUGUCGUGCAAGUUCUUCCAGAUACUGUCCAACAGGAAGCCGGCGGGGGCGAAGCGGUGCUGCUACUUCGGCCCCGUCAGCCAGAAGCAGAUGAAGGCGCUGAUUGAAUCGGUGGUGGAGAGCGAUAACUACGAUACGGCGACGUUGUUCACGUCGGGGAACAAGUCGAUUAGCAUCAAGGAGGUGUGGAACGAUGGGGUGAGGAAGGUGGACAUCGAUUCCAUAUUGAACGACGUGCUGAACAAUUUGGACGAAUCGUUGGAGGAUGACGAGGAGUACGUCCCUCCGGAUAUGGAAGAGGAUGAUCUAGUAGUCGAUCUAGACUUGUGACACCGGCUCUUUUAUAUUUAUUUAUUUAUUUAAUUGUAGUCGAAUAUUAGUUAAAACUACUAGAAAUAUAUUUGAAAUCGAUGUAAUGG